GGCUAUUUGUUAAAUCUUUUCGUCGUUGAAAAAACGUACUCCGACUCAAUAUAUGUCGUCCCAGGCUGCCGAGAAAACCACCAGAAACUUACCAAAGCCUAAGGCUGCGUACCUUCCUACUAGCAAGGACUCUCCGUUAUACGCCAACAGAGAGCUGUACAAUGCUAUUGCCGCCACUCACGAGGCUGGCAAACGCGAGCUCAUUGAAAAGAUCACUGUCCCUGUUCGCUCGGGACGUGCUUGGAAAGUUCCCAAAGGACACGUUUGCCGGAUCAUUGCCUUGGAGGGUCCGCAGGUGGGCGACCUCAACAUUUGGAAUGCCAACAACCCAAGAGAGAGACUUUGGGCUUCUCGUACCAGACAGCUACACUCUGCCCACGUUUCUGUGUACGACCGUCUGUGGUCCAAUCUGCCAUAUUUGAGACCGCUUUGUACCAUCACAGGUGACUCCAUUGCGUAUGGUCAAGAUGAGUGGGGUGGAAGAUGCCACGAUCUCCUUGGCACCCGCUGCGACCCUUACGUCGAUAAGCUAUUAUCUGGGGAAGAUAAUGAUUUCCACUGCCAUUCCAACUUGACGCGUGCGGUUCUGCCAUACGGGUUGACCGAGUUCGAUGUCCACGAUGUGUUAAACGUGUUCCAACUCACUGGACUCAACGAGCACGACCAGUACUUUAUGGAGACCUGUCCUGCGAAGAAAGGUGAUUACUUUGAAUUUUUCGCAGAGACAGAUCUGCUAUGUGCUCUGUCGACCUGUCCCGGCGGCGACCUGUCGCAGUGGGACUGGGGUGAGUCUGAGGAUGGCGCAGGGGUGGACAUGACUGAGUGCUGCAGGCCGCUUGGUGUUGAGGUUUAUAAACUUACUGAUGACUCAGUUUUGCAAAACUGGACCGAGCCGCAGCCUGUUAAAUAUAACGGUUUGCAUGGUCUCAAAAUGCCUUGAAUAAAUUAUUUUUUAUUCCCCAUGUCUCGGCCAAUCUCGUAUUUAGAAGAUUUGUAUUGUCUACGUAACGAGAUCGGCUGCUACUCGUGCUGCCAGGUUGCGGGUGUAUACUCAGUAGACCUCUCGCGAGAGCUCCUGUGGAGCGCACUGCGCAAACUCGUGCUGCGGUAUUCACAGCUGUCAUUGCAGUUGUUCGCGAACGAAGGCCGUCAGGAGAUCCGGCCGCUGGAUGGCUACACAAUGGACGACGUGCUGGAGAUCCACGCUGAUUGCAACAUGCUCGAUCUCAUCUCGGAGCUCAACAAACGCCAUUUCAGCCUCAACGUCCAGUCUCCGUUGUGGAGGCUCGUUCUCGUGGGUAAAAACCGGUUAGUGUUUUGCUACGAGCACCUGCUGUUCGACGGAACUUCGGGCAAAAACUUCCACAUACUGCUACGCGAUGCACUGGUUGAGACGCUGGUCGAAACGGACGCUGUCGACACUACCUUGCCGCUAUUUGAUCGUUCCCGCGAUGUUCUUCCUGCUACCAACCCCGAACAGAUGGCUUUUAUUAAUUACCGGCCAUCUAUGGCAUUUUCUGUGCGUGUGGUCUUUGAGGAGUUUGCACCCAAGUGGCUCAAGAGGUUGCUGCAGCCAUUUUCGAAGUUCCCGUUGGUUAUGGACCUGUUUGAACGAACGGACCUAGCGCGCCAGCCGCGGGUGGCAAACGACGUGUUCGAACUCGUGCAGCUUUCGCAGGAGCAGGUGGCGCAGCUUGUUGCUCUGGCUCGCAAUCACGGUGUGAAACUCACCGCGAUGCUCACCAUGCUGAUGCAUGUGUCAUUGCUACCAAUCGUGGGAAACAAGUACACAGAAAUCUCAAUCCCGGUGGAUUUGCGGCGAUUUAUGUUUGCAGAGCCAGGCCCGCCAGAGCUCGGCCUGUUCAUGGGGGGGAUCAACGUCAAGCUGUUUCCUGCAGCAGAGUACGGCUUGGUUGCGGACGAGUGUAACUGGCCCCUGGCUGCGGCGGUGCAAGAUCAGCUCGACCAGGGCCUUUCUUCUAGCAUGCAAGCCAUCGGGCUGCUCAAAUAUUUUAGUCCUCGUGAUUAUCUGGAGUCCAAGCUGAAGUCCCCGCGCACGACCACGAUAGAAGUUUCGAACCUUGGCACUGUCACCAGCACUUCGCCUGUAAAGCUGUUGCGCCUCACCUUUGCACAGCCGUUAGGGCUAACCGGCCCCUAUUUCGGUAUGAACAUCGUCGGCGCAGACAAAGGCAUCGACAUUGUUCUCGUCACGUCGCCAGAAAUGGCGUCCGAGCUGGCACAAACAAAAGCUGCCAUUCUACGCCUUCUGAAUAAAAUACUCUAGCUUCACAUAUUAUUAUGGCUGUGCCCGAUUUA